AUGGCAGUUUUAAGUGUACUUAACCGACCCCUUGAACCUUUAUAUAAUGGUAUGGAGAAAUGGAUUCGAUCCAUUGCUAAGGGUGUGCCUGACGAAACUGAUUGGAAAGACUCCACCAAAGGAUCAUGGUACCUUCACCCACGUCAACAUGCUAUCGAGUUCUUUUUUUUAUCAACUGGAUUUGCAGCAGCAUCCUAUUAUUUCUUGACAAAGGUGCUUGAUCCAUCCAGUACAACAUGGAAGCUUUUAUCGUCUUUUACACCCAUAGGACCUGCAACCAGAACAGAGAAACUUUUGUUCGUUUCUUUGUUGGGAUCAUUCUCAUUGACUGCCAUCCACAAGGUCAUCAGAAAAAACAAAUUAUUCAUGCUUCAACCUUGUCAUAUGAGUGCAGCUUUAUUAUUAUUAACUUUGGCUAAUCCCAACAAAAGCUCGGUUGCAACUAAUUUAUUAUUUAAUAUCUAUUUGCACACACAAUGGGGAGCUUUAGCCGCCUUGCUCUUCCCUGACUUGAGAGACCACUAUUUAACUGGAGAAACAUUUAACUUUUUUGCAGAGCAUAUUUUAAUCUUGGUCGCACCAGCUUACAUGAUUUAUAGUGGUAGAUACCUGGUAAUGCCCGCCUCGAAAAACAUGGCACUUUUAUCAUUUUGCAUCUAUGGUUUCUUUCAUUCACCCGUUUUACACAUCUGUGCCUUGAAAUCAGGUCAAAACCUCAAUUAUGCUUUCUCUCCUCCACCAAGUAAGUCUCUUUUGUCAUGA